AGCCCAAGCGGUCUCCAAGGAACGCGGCGCGGGAACCUUUCACCAAAUCCCGCCAUGGCCGCCCACCCACAGUGGUCGGAGCCCGAGGACCAGGGCAGCGUCCCGCUGCUCACCUCGGCCUGGAUCCUGCCGGACACGGAUGAGCAGCCCAAAAAACGCGCCGGCGCCGCGCUGGCGCGCUGGUGGGGUGCGAUGCGCGCGGCGCAGGCGAAGGUGUGGGCAUUCGCGUUGGCCGACGGGGACGAGCGGAGGAAGAAGGGCCCGCUCCGGCGAGCCCUCGCCGCGGCGGCUCUCUGGUUCGGCGCGACGUGCGCGGCGGCGGCGGAGCUGCGGGCGCUCGCGCGGGCCGACCCGCGAAAGCCGGUCUUCGCUCUCAAGGUCAGCCUCGCGCUCGUGCUCAUCUCGCUCAUCGGAUUCCUCCGCGAGCCGCGUGAAAUCGUCGACCACACCAUGUGGGCCAUCCUCACCGCCGUCCUCGUCUUCGAGUUCAGCAUCGGAGAAACGUUGAGCAGAGGUCUUAAUAGGGGAUUGGGAACCAUUACUGCUGGAGGGCUUGCCAUUGCAGUAGCCUUAUUGGCCACGCAUCUCGGGCAAUUGGAGAAACUGAUUCUUAUAGUAAGCACCUUUGUCGUUGGAUUUUUCACAAACUUAGUCAAGUUGCAUCCAAAGAUGAUGCCAUAUGAGCAUGGAUUCCGUGUAUUCUUGAUGACCUUCGGUUAUCUCUUGGUGUCUGGGUACAACACCGGGACGUUCACUGAGACGGCUUUAUACAGAUUUGUAAUGGUUGCCAUUGGUGCUGCUAUCAGUGUAGCAAUCAAUAUAUGUAUUUGCCCAAUCUGGGCUGGAGAGGAUUUGCAUAAUUUAAUCGCAGAAAAUUUUGCCGGUGUUGCGAAAUCCUUGGAAGGCUGUGUUGAUGGAUACCUAAAAUGCAUGGAAUACAAAAGAAUCCCUUCAACUAUACUUGCAUACCAAGCUUCUGAUGAUCCUCUAUAUAGUGGGUAUAGGGCAGCUUUUGAGGCCUCAGCACGAGAGGAAACCCUGGUUUGGUCUUGCUCUAUGUUUACCACUUACACUUGGAUUAUAUUUUCGUCUAUUUUGGGUCAAUGCUCUCGUAUGUGUUUGCAGUUAGGCUUUGCUUUAUGGGAGCCACGCCAUGGACCUUACAAGAUGAAGAAUUGUCCUUGGAAGAGUUUCACAAAAGUUAGUGGAGCAUUGAGGCAUUGUUCAUUUGCAGUCAUAGCACUGCAUGGUUGCAUUCUCUCAGAAAUUCAGGCAACACCAGACAACAGGAGAAUUUUUGCCACAGAAAUCCAAAAAGUGGGCAAAGAAGGUGCUAAAGUGUUGCGUGAGCUUGGAGACAAAGUUAAGACAAUGACCAAGUUGAGCUCUUCAGAUAUUCUGGCAGAUGUCUACUUUGCAGCAGAAGAGUUGCAAGGCAAGAUUGACGAGAAAUCCUAUCUUUUUGUGAACACUCAAAUGUGGGAUAGUAGCAUCCAAGCUAAAGGAAUCGAAGAAGCCAUUGAUGGCGUUAGGGCUGUAGAAAAAGAAAAGAAGAAUGAUGUGAGAUCUGAUUCAUCCAACUCUUUCAGGCCGCUACUGUUUUGUCCGGCUCGAGGAUCAUUCCACCCAAAUUUGCACGAAAGUGCGACUGCUCUGUCGUUAGCUACGUUCACGUCCCUUCUAAUCGAGUUUGUCGCCCGACUACAAAAUAUUGUUGAUGCAUUUGAGGAGCUUAGUGAUAAGGCUAACUUCAAGGAGCCUCUUGCUGACAGCGUGUUGCUGCCUCAUUGUCACUCAGUGACCCAGCAAGGUCCUCCUUUUUUCUGAAAUAGGGACAUCCCAGCCUCUGCAUCUACUGAUGCAUAUGACCUUCUAUUUACUUAUUAGAGUUCAUUCAUCUGUUACAUUUCAUGGAUACCAAUGAUCUAAAGGAAAGAGAAAACACGAAGCUGCCUUCGCAUCAA